AAAAAAAAACAGAAGUCAGCGGGAGCUUCCUGUGCUUUUUUUUUUUUCCGAGCACAUCUGAGUUUUGAGGACUUGAGCCGUGCCGUCCCGCAACCAGCAUGAUGAUGUGAGAUCUGCGGAUGCGCGCGAAGAAGAGGAGAGGAGAGGACUUCGUUCGGGACGCGAUUAUGCGGAUACCGCUCGCGCUGUGUCCCCUCCGCCAGGACCCGUUUCGCGCAACGUAGUGGUUCGAGAGCACCGUAAUCCAAAUGAUCCUCUCAUUAUUGUUCCUCAUUGCGUCCACUGCCCAGCAGCAUCAUCAUCAUGGCGCCACAGGAGCCGAGUCCACCGUCAGCAACAAGUUCCCUCACGCAACAAGUGAGACACAUCUCAACGGAGCGCGAGACCCCAAGCACGAGAAAGUGGUGCGAGUGUCGACGGACGGGACGGUGAAGAGCCCGGAUUUCCCUCACACCUACCCCCGCAACAAAGCGCUCGUCUGGAGGCUCAUCGCGGCAAGUGAGAACACGCAGAUACGAUUAACGUUCGACGAGAGAUUCGGGCUCGAGGAGCCCGAGGACGGAAUAUGCAAGUAUGACUUUGUGGAGAUUGAAGAACCUGCCGAGGGCACUAUUCUGGGUCGAUGGUGUGGAUCUCAAAGGCCAGGAAGGCAGGUGUCCAAGGGGAACCAGAUUAGGAUACGCUUUGUAUCGGAUCAGUAUCUUCCCUCAAAGCCUGGAUUCUGUAUUCACUAUUCCCUGGUGCCCCUGAAAGGUCCGGAGCCGGAGGAGCCAACAAGCGUGCCGCCCUCCCUGCACAGCGUGGACGUGCUGACCGCCGCCGUGUCUGGCUUCAGCACCGUGGAGGACGUCAUGAAAUACUUGGAACCUGAUCGGUGGCAGCUGGACAUGGAGAACCUGUACAAGCCCACGUGGCACGCGCUGGGGAAGACGUUCUUACAUCCCAAAAAAUCCAGAGGGACAGUGGACCUGAACGCGCUGAAGGAGGAGGUGAGGUUGUACAGCUGCACGCCGCGCAACUUCUCCGUGUCCCUUCGCGAGGAGCUCAGGAGGACUGAUGCCAUCUUCUGGCCCGGCUGCCUGCUGGUGAAGCGCUGCGGGGGCAACUGCGCGUGCUGCGCAUACGGCUGCCACGACUGCCAGUGUGCCCCCGCCAAAGUCACCAAGAAGUACCACGAGGUUCUCCAGCUGAAGCUCAGGAGCGGAGGGCGCGGGCUGCAGAAAUCUCUGACGGACGUGCACCUGGAACACCACGAGGAGUGCGCCUGCAUCUGCAAAGACAGCUCCCGCGGAUAGCGGCCCGGAGGCUCCCACACCGUCGC